UUUAGGGACUCGGGCCUGGGACAAUGGUGUGCAUUCCUUGCAUCGUCAUUCCAGUUCUGCUCUGGAUCUUCAAAAAGUUCCUGGAGCCGUACUUAUACCCUCUGGUUUCCCCUGUGGUCAGUCGUAUAUGGCCUAAGAAAGCCAUACAAGAAUCCAAUGGUAAAAAUAUAGGCAAAGUAGACUGCAAGGGUGCAGAUACCAAUGGAUUACCCACAAAAGGACCAGCAGAGGUCUCUGAUAAAAAGAAAGACUAGAGUGGUUUCCCUGAAAGCCCCUGGCUGUUUUGAAAUGGACCCAAUAACAUGAAGCACCUUCUUUGUCUCUUGAUUUUUGUUCUCUGAGACCAGGAAUCUAGAUAAGCAGUUUAGCUAUCCACUUGCUACUGAUCAGGAAGUACAUGGCAUUUAUAUUUAAAGUGUAAGUAGUUAUAUUUAAUGACCUCACCCUGAGUUUCUUCUUCAUUAAAGUAGCUUUUGUUUCUAUUACUCCAUUUUACUAAUAUGAAUAAACAGAAGGUUUGUGUGAGCAGACACUCGGAACAUGGAGCGCUUGGGCCUUUUCGUUGUUUCACACAACUGUGACUGCUGUUUCCGCUUCCUAUGGGCUCUGGUAACUUGAGUGAGAUGAGUCUUGCUGCACAGCAGCCAGUCCAGUCCAUGGUGAGAAGUUUGAAAGAGAUCAUAAUGGAGAGCUUAUGCUUAAGAAUACUUACUGCUCCAAGUUAACUGGGAAAGAAGGAACCAGGGGAAGCUUCUUUGAAAAAAAUGUAACAUCAACAUCGGUGUCAAUCACAUAAAUUCUAAUUCUGCUAUACUUCUGUUCCUGCAAAUGCAUUAAACAUUAAGUUUAACUCGG